CCCGCCUCUCCUGCAAGCUCUUUGCAAGAUCUGAUUCGGGAGCUGUGGCUGAUUGCAAUGGGAAGCAGCGUUGGGGAGAACAAAGUUUGCAACACUUGGGCACUUGACUACUCGCUUCCUUCGUGCCUAUGGGAACGACCGAUCCCUAAACAGAACAGCCAGCCGGGCAACUGACACUAUUGAUGACUUGCUGCUGUUGCAAAGUUUCCGCUAUUUUAAUGUAUUAAAAUCCAGGAUCCUAAAUAACCAGCCCUCCCAACCCGCUCCCCUUCUAGGUAGGCGAGAGAGAUUUUUAUUCUGUGGACUAGCAAACUUCCUGCAUGGAAAUUUACUGACUUGAGUGGUCUCCGUUUUGGGCUAAGGGGGAGGGAAGGAUUUUUUUCAUCGCACUUUAAUUUUAUUUCUCUGGAUCACAGGAUUUUUGGAGCUAUAUGGAGGGAUCUCAGGAUGGUUUGCACCAGGAAAACCAAAACUUUAGUGUCCACUUGCGUGAUCUUGAGUGGAAUGACUAACAUCAUCUGCCUGCUCUACGUGGGCUGGGUCACCAACUACAUUGCCAGUGUCUAUGUGAAAGUGCAGGAGCCGAUCUCAGAGAAAAAGUUAGAGGAAGACAAAGGGGACACUUUAAGGAUUAUAGAAAGGCUGGAUCACUUGGAAAAUGUCAUCAAGCAGCACAUACAAGAAACUCCACCAAAGCUGGAAGAAAAUCCUGCUGAAGCUUUCACUGACUCAUCCCUCUUUGCUCACUGGGGCCAGGACCUCAGUCCUGAAAACCGACGCAUUGCCCUUAAACAAUUCCAGUAUUAUGGCUACAAUGCUUACUUGAGUGAUCGCCUACCAUUGGAUAGGCCACUACCUGACCUGAGGCCUAAUGGGUGCAGAAACCUCACAUUUCCCAACAGCCUUCCUGAGGUCAGCAUUGUUUUCAUAUUUGUUAAUGAAGCCCUCUCAGUGAUUCUGCGCUCCAUUCAUUCUGCUAUUGACCGGACUCCUCCUCACCUGCUCAAAGAAAUUAUCUUAGUGGAUGAUAACAGUAAUAAUGAAGAACUCAAGGAGAAACUAAAGGAGUAUGUGGACGAGGUGAAUAUGCGGAAGCCUGGAUUCAUCAAGGUGGUCCGGCACAGCAAGCAAGAGGGGCUGAUCCGGUCUCGAGUCAGUGGAUGGAGAGCUGCCACAGCACCAGUUGUUGCGCUCUUCGAUGCUCAUGUGGAAUUCAACGUUGGAUGGGCUGAACCAGUACUCAUGAGGAUAAAGGAAAACAGAAAAAGGGUCAUUUCUCCUUCGUUUGAUAACAUCAAAUAUGAUAAUUUUGAAAUAGAGGAAUAUCCCCUGUCGGCGCAGGGGUUUGACUGGGAACUGUGGUGUCGAUAUCUGAAUCCUCCAAAAUCAUGGUGGAAGCUGGAAAACUCAACUGCUCCGAUAAGAAGCCCUGCACUGAUUGGAUGCUUCAUAGUAGACAGGGAGUACUUCCAAGAGAUUGGCUUACUAGAUGAAGGCAUGGAGGUCUAUGGAGGAGAGAAUGUGGAGCUUGGGAUCAGGGUAUGGCAAUGUGGAGGUAGUGUUGAGGUGUUGCCUUGCUCCAGGAUUGCCCAUAUUGAAAGAGCCCAUAAGCCGUACACAGAAGACCUCACUGCUCAUGUCCGAAGGAAUGCGCUAAGAGUGGCCGAAGUCUGGAUGGAUGAAUUUAAAAGCCAUGUUUACAUGGCAUGGAAUAUACCCCAAGAGGAUUCUGGAAUUGACAUUGGUGAUAUUUCUGAGAGGAAGGCCCUGAGGAAAAAACUACAAUGCAAGACCUUUAGAUGGUAUCUUGUCAGUGUGUAUCCAGAAAUGAGAAUGUACUCAGACACUAUUGCCUAUGGGGUGCUGCAGAAUUCCCUGAAAAGUGAUUUGUGCCUUGAUCAGGGGCCAGACACAGAAAAUAUUCCAAUCAUGUAUAUCUGCCAUGGAAUGACACCACAGAAUGUUUAUUAUACAAGUAAUCAGCAGAUCCAUGUGGGUGUUCUGAGUCCCACUAUUGAUGAUGAUGACAACAGAUGCCUGGUGGAUGUGAACAGCAGACCCAGACUCAUUGAAUGCAAUUAUGCCAAAGCCAAGAGGAUGAAGCUUUACUGGCAAUUUACUCAGGUAAUUUACUCAGGGAGGUCCAAUCCAGAACAGAAAAUCCAAGCGUUGCCUGGAGUUACAGGAAAACAGUGACAAUGAAUUUGGAUUUCAGCUGGUCCUUCAGAAAUGCACUGGCCAACGCUGGUCUAUAACAAAUGUCCUGAAAAGCUUGUCAUCCUAACUGAUUCUAAGAAACUCUUAAUUCAGUCCUUUUGCUACUGUGUAGCAAAUGUUGCAAUGUUGCCUGCUGUACUGUAUCUUUUCUUCCCCUCCUCUCCCCCCCCCCCCCUUUGAUUCUUUUUUGCGAGUGUGUGGAAAUCAGGUUUGUGGGCUGAAAAUAUGGACUUUUCAUAAUGACAUUUUCAUGGCAUUUAUAGAGAUGCUGAAUGACCGGUGAUGGUAGUCUAUCCUAAAAUAUUUUGCAAAUGUAAAUAGGGAACAAAUGGAGAAUAUUUAUAAC